AUGGCACCCCAACAUGUCGAACACCUCCAGGACUGGAUGAGCCAGAUGCAUCAACUCGCCAACCGAGCAGACGAAGACGGCCUGGGCUUCACCCCCGACACUUUUGGUCGCGCCAAGAUCGUCGAUGCAGACGCCGAUUCGGCCACCUUUGAAUACGUCGUCCAGAAAUCCGACUGCAACUUUACAAACAACUUUCAUGGUGGUGCCAUUGCUACCUUGGUCGAUAACCUUACUACUGCUGCCCUGUUUACUCGAGAACGUAAAUACUUUCAAUACGCAGGCGUCUCAACCGAUCUACAUGUCACAUACGUCUCGGCUGCAACCCUGGGCAUGACCGUCCUACUCGAGUGCAAGGUCGCCAAGGUCGGCUCUGGCCUCGCCAACACCACCGCCGUCCUCAAGGACAAGGCCACCAACAGAGUCCUCGCCACAGCCUCCCAUACCAAAUUCAACACCGACUCUAGAAUGGGCGGUGGAUCCAAGCUUUAG